AUGUACAAAUCUACAAAAUUGCYUCUCGUAGGCAAACCCAAAAUCAAAGCUACAUCAGAUGUCGUGAAUGUGACAAGCUUUCUCCCAAACCUAAACGAAACUGACUGCAUGUCCCAACAAUUCACAAGUGUAGAUAGAAGUGACUUCUCAGACAUUACAUCUGGGAAGUCAAGAAAAUGUGGAAAUGGUGUUUGUCCCAUGACAUCUUCAACACCCUUAUGGCUAGACAAGUUAAGUGAUGAAAUAAACUUCACCAAAUGGGUGAUACUAUUUCUAGUUUUGAUUCACAAAAUUAAUUCCACUACUUUGAAAUUUUUAAAUCUUUCAUCAAAUAUGCUCUCAAGCCCGUUGCCUUCUGCUCUUGGAGAAUGUGUGACGGUGGAUUUUAGCAAAAAUGGUCUCUCUGGUGAUAUAUCUGUUAUGCAAAGCUGGGGUGAUACUUUAGAUAUCAUUGAUUUGAGUUCAAAUGCAUUGUCUGAAACCUUUCCAAACCUUACUUAUCAAUUUCAGAGAUUGUCUUCUAUUAACAUCAUGAAUAAUUCUUUAAGAGGUGACCUACCUAUUGAAUUUGGGACUUAUCCAAAACUAGCUAUAGUUGAUCUCAGCUCAAAUGAACUUACURGRCCCAUUCCAAGUAGUUUCUUCACUUCAUUGUCAUUGAUAAACUUGAAUAUUUCAGGAAAUAAUUUCACAGGAAAUAUUCCUCUUCAAGGCUCAAGGACAACAGAGUUAUUGGUUUUACCUUCUUAUUCGCAGUUGGAGUCACUUUGUUUCUCUGGUAAUUCAUUGAUGGGAAAUAAUUUCACAGGAAAUAUUCCUCUUCAAGGCUCAAGGACAACAGAGUUAUUGGUUUUACCUUCUUAUUCGCAGUUGGAGUCACUUUGUUUCUCUGGUAAUUCAUUGAUGGGUUCCUUGCCUUCUGAGCUAGGUAACUUAAGGAAGCUUAGGUUGCUAAAUCUGGCAAGGAAUAGCUUGUUAGGAGAGAUACCAAGUGCAAUAAGCAAGCUUAAUGGUUUAGAGUACCUUGACUUAUCCAAUAAUAAUUUCAAUGGUAAGAUCCCUGACAGGCUUCCAUCUAGUCUAAAGGAUUUCARUGUGUCUUAUAAUGAUCUAUCAGGACAAGUUCCUAAAAAUUUGGUGCAUUUUCCAAAUACUUCAUUUCAUCCUGGAAAUACGCUACUAAUCUUUGCAAAUAUUGUGCCUUCAGGGAAACAUUACAGUUCAAAAUCUAAUAUCAGAGUAGCAUUUAUUAUUGCCUCUAUAAGUGCCACUUUGAUGAUUGCUUUUGUUUUACUGGUUUAUUAUCGUGGACAGUUCCAACAAUUUCGUAGAAAAAGUAAAAUGAAUGGCCAAACAAUGGGAAGAGAUAUUAAAUAUGGAAUAUUUACACCUACUUCCCUUUUUAAAUUCCACAAAAACAUUGAACCCUCUCCAACUUCAUUGACUUUUUCAAAUGAUCACUUGCUGACAUCAAAUGCAAGGCCAUUGUCUGGGCAGAAAAAGUUUGUGGCUGAAACUGCAAAAUUUGCUUUACCCAAGGGAAGAGAGGCAUGUCUAGAGUCCAAGAAAUAUGACUUUCCAGAUAAUCAUCCUCCAACAUCUGAGUGGAAGUCAUCUCCAGGAUCCCCUUUAUCUUCCUCACCCCGUUUUAUUGAGACAUGUGAGCGACCUGUAAUGUUAAAUGUGUACUCACCAGAUCGGCUGGCUGGAGAACUACAUUUUUUAGAUAAUUCAGUAGUAUUCACAGCCGAUGAGUUGUCUAGAGCCCCAGCAGAAGUCCUUGGUAGAAGUAGUCAUGGGACUUUAUACAAGGCUACUCUACAUAGUGGACAUACGUUGACCGUGAAGUGGUUGCGUGUAGGACUUGUCAAGCAUAAGAAAGAAUUUGCAAAGGAAGUGAAAAAAGUUAGGUCUAUUAGACAUCCAAACAUCAUCCCCUUAAGAGCAUACUAUUGGGGGCCCAGGGAGCAAGAAAGGCUGGUACUUGCAGAUUAUAUCCAUGGAGAUAGUCKGUCUCUUCACCUCUAUGGUAAGAUCUUCCAACAACUUAUAUUUAAACUCCACCCAAUAAAUAUAGCAUUGCAUUGUGUUCUAUCUCUAUUCUYUACUCAAAGUUUUGCAAUUAUCUUGCUUCUAUAUUUAGUAUCUAAGAGCCAUUAUUCAUUGUUUAUCUACAUC